AGCAACACCCCUUCGAUCUGUGGCUGCUUUACCCCCACCUCGGGACCAGGUGGUACAGCAAUCCUUUCAUCUAGCUGCCGACUGUAUCUACGUCGUCAUCUAUAACCGGAUGAAGACAACCAUUGCUGACCAGGGUCGACGGCUGAAUUAUCCCACUCCACUCCUCUUCCGGCGGUCAAGGGGCCUUGUCUAUCUGUCCAACGAAGAACGCGAAUAGACCGCCGCCGAAAUGGCUCAGCAGCCUCAGCUACCGUCGUACGAAGAAGCCAUCAGUCGACUCGACUGGGUCGGGUUGGUGGCUCCCUACACUUCAGUAUCUGAUUAUAGCCGCCUUUGUUCUGUCAACCGGCACUUUCACACCGUCUUUGCCCCGCUCCUGUGGCAUGAUCCGCUCAACACGGUGCGUCUGCUGGGUUUGCGUCCCAGUAAUGAUCUCGACUGGUAUUGUCACUUCGUCUUGCAUCAUGUGUUCCGCGUCAGGCCGGUUACCUUGGCCCUGGUUACGGUACUAGACUUUCGCAACUUCGCCAAGGCCACCGCCCACUUCUGGUCCGAUAACGAUUCAAGGUCGAUCCCCGUAACCUUCAAGAUUCUGCCCAGGCUCUUCCCCGCGCUUCGAUGCAUCCUUCUGGAUGGCCACACCGACGCAGACCCUGCGGCUUUGGCUGUGGGGGGUCCAACUCCGGCGCCGUGGGCGGGCCGCCCGUGGAUGCUGAGCAUCCCCGACUGUGCUUCCCAGUUGCCGGCGACCUUCUUCCUGUCCGACUACGUCCAGGACCUAGUCUACCUUGACAUCUCGGGACUGCCGGGCUCCUUGCAGUCCCUCGUCUCAGCGGCCGAGGGCGCACGUCACCUUCCACGUCUGAAGGUACUGAAGAUCCAGGGACGUGAGCUCGGCGACAACCUUGCAGCACGGCUCUUCGAGGCAUUCGAUGCACGGCUAUGGAGUUUAGACCUCUCCCAUAAUAACCUUACCGACGACGUUAUCGAGCCUCUCUCGUGGCACUGCUUACAGUCUCCGCCCUUGCGGUCUGGCCGCCAUUUCCGGACCGAGGGUAAACUUGUGUCUCACCCGGUUAUCUAUGGAGACAGUCUCUACGGUCCGUUCAAACUCAUCGAAGAGUCGGAGCGGAGCGGUGCUUUCGAUCACCCGGAGCGUUAUUUCGCCGAUGCCCCUCUUUAUCACGCCGAUCCAGCUCGGGCUGUAUAUCAGGACCAGGAAGAUGUCCGCGCUGAUGGCCGGGGCCCACCGAAGUAUGACUCGGCGGACUAUGUCAAGUCCGCCAUCAUCGCCGGCGUGCUGUCAACGACACCGGCCCUGUCCGACCUACCGCCCAGUAACGUCUCGUCUAGUGCAUGGGGCAUUACCCACCUGGACCUCACCGGGAACCGGUUCACUUCUUUUGGCCUGGAGAAGCUGAUCCGCACCACGCCUGGCCAACUCGAGUAUCUAGCUUGCGAUGCGCCCCUCGUGCAUGCCCCGGGUUUCACCUGGCCAUCCUCCUGGCCCGAGGGCACAAGGCUACACGGCAUCCCGGGCUCCGCUCACGCAUUCCGUCCAGUGUUUUCUCCCAACCUCCGGGCUCUGCGUAUACAUCAUUCUUUGGUCACGCAGAUUCCCACGUUGGAAGCCGAAGGGCUGUCGACCAUGGCACGGUGGUGGAUGGCAGAAACUGCCGUCCGCGAGCGCGUGGAGAUGGCUUACCCGCAAGCCUUCCAGCCAGACAUGAGCCCUCGCCUCGCGUCGUUGACUCUCACCAGAAUACCUCGGCGUUCAGCCGGUCCAUUGCUUGGAAAAUUGACCCAGUUCCUGAAACUAGUGGCCGCCCAAGAGCAGGGUAUCUGCGAGGCGACGCCAGACUCCUCUUCGCGUCGCAGCCCGACCAUGCUUCGCGGCCUCCGCCAUAUCCGUCUGGAAUUCGAGGUGGACCCCGUAGAGGACGCCGCAGGGUUCUUGGACGUCGACGCCCUAGAUGCCGAGGCGCUCCUAAGCAUGGGCGAAGGUGAAGGUUUCAGUUUUUUCGGGGAUGAGUUUGUCCGGCCGAAGCCCAAGUUGCCGCCUCGACGCGUCCACGAUGCCACCGCCACCCCGACCACUAUCCACAUGGCUCGCCUGCAGCAUGCCCCUUUCACCACUGCAGCAGGCGAACACGUCCAGCACGUCAUGUCCUGGAACGGCAAGACCUUCGAGGCGCCGGUAUGGAUCGGCCCGGGGGUUCUGGGCCCUCGCCCGGCCGUCAAUGCUUACAUGAUGGCGUUGCGCGACCCAGCCUUGCGACAGGGUAUCGUCGGGCCCGCCAUGCCCACGCACGUCCAGGCCGGCGUGCCCCCGGACGCACUCCUGUUUUAUGGCGCCUGGGACGCCACGAUAAUACCAGACGCGCCGCCUAGCCCGAGUAGGGCCGAAAUCCACGGAAUGCGGGACGUGAUCGACGGGCUCAAGGCGUUUCGCGCCGACACGAAAGCCAGAUACGAAGAGGCGCCGAACGACAAAAGGUCCAGUGGCCUUGGCGUGAAUGCCAUGGAGCCCCAUCACUUUUGGACGGGGAAAUUAGAGGUUGCGAUCUAAUAGGGCAUGGGCGCACUUUCGAUCGGGGAGGUAUGGGGGCAUUUCAAUGGCCAUCGGCUCAACUGUCU